CACCAACUUAUUCCUCGGUCCCUCCAAACUUCCUACACGGCCACACAAUCACACAUUACCACAACACAAGCAAACACUUGGGAAAACUAGAGCUAGAGAGAGAGAGAGAGGGGCACAGAUGGAGAGACCGAUGUUCCCAUCACCAGGGAGGGCGGCGAUGGCGAUGGCCCACGGGCAAGCAGCCUGCGCGGCCGGCGGCGGCAUGGCUGGCGACUCCACGCCGGCCGCCAUAAACUUCUGCUUCCAACCCUCCGAUCCUCCUUCCAGCGGUGGUGCUCUCUCCAACCACCAUGCCCUCCUAGGUUUCAGCCCCCUCGUUCUAGACCACCCAACCACCACCUCCACCUCCACAAUCCCCGCCGCUCCCACCAUGUACCGCCCCCAUGCACCGCCCGGAGCUCUCCAUCCUCCGAGGUCAUCCCCUCCACAUCCAUGGUCUUGCGAGGAAGGCGAGCUAGAAAGGCAGGCUGGAAAGGGCCCGAUGGUGGGCGGCUUGGCGUCGGGAGGAAGUGGAGCCGGUGGCCGGUUGCAUGGGUCGCUGGCAGCGGCGGGGAUGGGGGUCGGUGCGGUGAGGAUGAAGAAAUCGGCAGGGGCGAAGGCGCGGCGGAAGGUGAGGGAGCCGAGGUUCUGCUUCAAGACGAUGAGCGACGUCGAUGUGCUCGACGACGGCUACAAGUGGCGCAAGUACGGCCAGAAAGUCGUCAAGAACACGCAGCACCCACGGAGCUACUACCGGUGUACGCAGGACAAGUGCCGGGUGAAGAAGCGCGUGGAGCGGCUGGCGGAGGACCCGCGCAUGGUGAUCACCACCUACGAGGGCCGCCACGUCCACUCCCCCUCCCGCGACGACGACGACGACGCACGCGCCAACGCUGAGAUGAGCUUCAUUUGGUAGGUAGCCUCUCGCCGCGCCGGCGCCGCCGGCCGUUCAUGCAUGCUGCAAAGCACUGCCCGUCGUCGUCCAUGCGUGCAUGUUUAGUGCUCGAUUACCAUUGUUCUUGUUGUUGUAUAGCUAGGUUGUGGUGAUGUAUAAUACUGUAGCAGCAGUUGGAACACGUACUACUUAAGUAAGCAGUAGCUAGCGGCAAUAAGAGGGCGCACGGGCGACAAUGGUAAGGUGUUGGAGCUCCGGCGCCGGUGGUGGUGCUAGCAGCUACUACAGGUUAUUUCAUGGGAUCUGGUGAAAACAGUGUAAAGUUGUUCAUGUUGGCGUAACUUGCGGUGUCUUUUGUGUACCGAAGGUCGGAAGGAUGAUCCCUUGCUUU